AAUAAACCAACAACAAAUCUUCACUUUCCAUUCUAGAGGAAGCUCUUAGCUUGUUCUUCUGACAUUUUGAGUGGCAAUGGCUUCUUCUUCUUCCUCUACAUUCGCUCUCUCUUCCUCCUCCACCCUCCUCGACUCCAAGGCCCCUCGACAAUCCGCUUCGCCGUCAUCCACCGUGCCGCUCCCUACUCUCCCGUCACCGCCUCCUCCGUCGACCCAAAUCCGCUCUUGGAAAUCCACUGCCUAUUGUCGGAAGAUCGCUCGCAAUGUGAUGGCCAUGGCGACCGGAGAAGUCCCGGCUGAAGUAGCCACGGCGGAGAUGGCGGAACUGCCGGAAAUCAUCAAAAAAGUUCAAGAAGCUUGGGAUAAGGUUGACGAUAAGUAUGCAGUCAGCUCACUUGCAGUGUCUGGUUUUGUUGCCCUUUGGGCCUCCGCCGGCGUUGUCUCGGCAAUUGAUAGGCUUCCACUAAUUCCUGGACUGCUUGAGCUUGUGGGCAUUGGCUACACUGGGUGGUUUGCGUACAAGAAUCUGAUUUUCAGACCAGACAGGGAAGCUUUGUUGCAGAAACUAAGGGAAACUUACAAUGAGGUAAUAGGGAGCAGCUAAAGAAGAUGUGUUGGAAGAGGGAUUUAAUGCCGUGUGGCUAAUAAGAGUUCAAAUUAUGGUGUUCUUUUCAAGAAAAAUGAUCUUUAUUGCAGCUUGAUUGGCAAGUAUAUUUGCUGAAAAUGUAACUUCUUUCCCUCCUUUUCCCAUUUCUUUUGUAAUUGUUAGCUAAAUCAAUCCCAAUCUGUGUACUUUAUGCUUUUGUUACUCUUAAAAUACUCUUAACUUAUUGCAAUUCUAGACCAUGUUUGGAAGCUA